AUGUCGCUUGCACUCGUGUACCUGAAGCUCUGUGAGAAGCGAGCAAACCGCUUUGUUCGCAACCUGAGCUAUCCUCAGCAUAUGCUCUUCAAUUCGGGGGCUUUCAAGUCCAAGUCCCCGACCAUCGUCUUCCCCCAUGAGCCUUUUGACACCUGUGAGAUGAUCGGUGGUGUUCUGGAGCCUAUAUCCCAACCGAGGAGUUAUAUCAACCAUGCUGCUUACGAGCUAUCCAACAAGGGUCUGGAUAAAGACCACAUCGUGACGCUCGGACAGGCUAUUGGAAUGGCUGUUAUCGGUGCAAUGCAAGCUUUGCUCCAAGAGAGGGCGUUUGGAGCAUGGAGUGAAAUGAGCUUGUACUUUCGCGCUUUCGAAUGUCUGAUUGCAUUCUUUCUUGAAAAUAGGCGAUAG